AUGUGCAAAUGUGUGUAUGUAAAUCUUCGUGUAUGUAUGUGUAAAUCCGCAUGCGCUGAAUUUCUUGCAAAAGUGAAGGAGUCAGUUGGUACUGAGGCUGCCGCUCAGAAGGAUUUUGAGAUUCCUCGGCCAGCAUUCGAUGCUCUCGCAAGCGAAUACGACACUCUGCUGGAUGAGGUGGCCACAUUCAAGGAUAAAUAUACGCGCGCGCUGGCGGAAGUGGAAAAUGUUCGUCGUCGUGGACAGAAACAGACAGAAGAAGCAAAAGUAUUUGCAAUUCAAGGAUUUUGCAAAGAUUUGCUUGAAGUUGCAGAUAUUCUUGAUCUCGCAAUCGAUGCAGUGAAAAAGGAAGAGCUGGAUGAAAAUACAUCCUUGAAGAAUUUGUUCGAAGGAUUGCAGAUGACAAGAACUGUCCUGGAGAAAACAUUCAUUAAGCAUGGAUUGAGGAAAAUUUCGCCAGAGGGAGAGAAAUUUGACCCAACUUUACAUGAAGCUAUUUUCCAGAUCCCAAAAGAUCAGGCAAAAUUCGAUUCAGGAUAUGUGGCGCAAGUGAUAAAAAUUGGCUACGCGUUACACAAUCGACCAGUUCGUGCCGCAAAAGUUGGCGUUGUACAGUGA